AUGCCUGGCUUACCAGCCAGCAUCGAUCUAGAUGAGUGCAUCGAGCGGCUCUAUCGAAAGGAAUUACUCGCAGACUCGGUCAUCGAAGCGAUAUGUGCCAAGGCGAAGGAGCUCUUGAUGAAGGAGAGCAAUGUCGUCCAUAUCGCUGCGCCGGUCACCGUUGUGGGGGAUAUACAUGGCCAGUUCUUUGAUAUGAUCGAGAUCUUUAAGAUUGGCGGGUUUUGUCCCAAUACGAACUACUUGUUUCUAGGUGAUUAUGUGGACCGCGGGCUGUUCAGUGUCGAGACUAUCUCGCUGCUUAUAUGUCUUAAGCUGCGGUACCCCCAACGAGUCCAUCUCAUUCGCGGCAAUCACGAAUCUCGCGGUGUCACCCAGUCAUACGGCUUCUACACCGAGUGCGCGCGGAAAUACGGCAAUGCCAACGUGUGGCACUACUUCACCGACAUGUUCGAUUUUCUCACGCUGAGCGUGGUGAUCAAUGACGAGAUCUUCUGUGUGCAUGGUGGCCUCUCGCCCUCCAUCCAUUCCAUCGACCAGAUCAAAAUCAUCGACCGCUUCCGCGAGAUCCCCCAUGAGGGUCCGAUGGCUGACCUUGUAUGGUCCGACCCGGACACAGAACGGGACGAGUUCUCUCUUUCCCCCCGUGGGGCGGGUUACACCUUUGGCGCGCAGGUCGUCAGGAAAUUCCUCGAGGUCAACAGCAUGUCCCACAUCCUAAGAGCUCACCAGUUAUGCCAAGAAGGGUAUCAGGUGCUCUACGACGACCGGCUCAGCACGGUCUGGAGCGCCCCAAACUACUGUUAUCGGUGCGGAAACCUAGCAAGUGUGCUGGAGGUCAGUGAUACGGGCGAGCGGUACUUCAACAUAUUCGACGCCGCGCCCGAGAACGACGUGCAUCGCAACGAGCAGCAGGCGCAGCAGCAGAAUAAGGAUGGCCCUAGUCCAGUGAUUGACUACUUCCUGUGA